CGCGACGAAUGACGCGUGAGUCGGCAAUACGCGCAGUCAGCGCAGUGCACUCCAAGAUUUCGUGUAGUGUGCUCUGUAGUUACCGGUUAUUAUUUAUUGAGCAAAAGAAUUUUUUCUGUUUUGUAUUAUAAGUAUCAAUUUCAUUCAUUAUGACAGAAAAUCGCAAAGAAGUAAGGGUAUGGUGUGAUGGAUGCUAUGACAUGGUGCAUUUUGGCCACGCGAAUUCCUUGCGUCAAGCGAAGGCAUUAGGUGAUUAUCUAGUUGUGGGUGUACAUACAGAUGAAGAAAUUACUAAGCAUAAGGGACCACCAGUAUUUAUGGAACAAGAAAGGUACAAAAUGGUUCGUGGUAUCAAGUGGGUAGAUGAGGUAGUUGAAGGAGCACCUUAUGUUACGACUUUAGAAACAUUAGACAAAUACAAUUGUGAUUUUUGUGUUCAUGGUGAUGAUAUCACCAUGACAGCGGAUGGUGUAGACACGUAUCAUUUGGUCAAAGCAGCAGGUCGUUAUAGGGAAGUUCAAAGAACAGCUGGUGUAUCAACAACUGAUCUAGUAGGCCGAAUGCUGUUAAUGACACGGCAACAUUUUAAACAAGGAGAUAGUGAAUAUAGUGUUGAUAGAGAACCUAGUAAAAGCAUGGGUCAAGAUAGAACAGCACGGAGUCCAUGGACAGGUUGUUCACAAUUCUUACCUACUACACAAAAAAUUAUCCAAUUCAGUGAUGGGAAAAGUCCACAACCUGGAGAUAAAAUAGUUUAUGUAGCAGGAGCAUUUGAUCUUUUUCAUGUUGGUCAUUUAGAUUUCCUAGAAGUUGCAAAAAAAGAAGGUGAUUAUCUUAUAGUUGGACUUCAUACAGAUCCAGUGGUUAAUAGAUAUAAAUAUGGUAAUCAUCCAAUUAUGAAUCUUCAUGAAAGAGUACUUAGUGUGCUGGCAUGCAAAUAUGUUAAUGAAGUAGUAAUUGGGGCUCCAUAUGAAGUUACUAAAGAUCUUAUGGAACAUUUCGAUGUAGCUAUUGUUUGUCAUGGUCAGACUCCUAUUAUGCCUUCUGAGGAUGGUUCAGAUCCAUAUACUGAACCUAAAAGACAGAAUAAAUUUAAAUUAUUGGAUAGUGGUAAUGACAUGACAACAGAGAAAAUUGUUGAACGCAUAAUUCUUCACAGGUUGGAAUUUGAAAAUAGGAAUUUAAAGAAGGAAAAAAAAGAACAAGCAGCUUACGAAGCCUUCAUAAAGUCUCAGAAAAAAGAAAGGACUGAAUAAUUUAUUCUAUACACUCAAAGUGUGUGAUAAUUAUAUUUUAUGGAACAUAUUUGUAAAUAUGAUAUCACACUAAUAUUUAAAUUAUUUAAUUCUAUUCGAAAAUAUGUGUGGUUUAAAUAUUUAUAACCAUGCUAAAUAUUUAAGGUAUUAACAUAUUAUAGACAAUUUUUUUUCCAACAACUCAACGACAAAAACAAAUACAACGAUAAAGGUAUGCAAAAGAUUGUGAAUAUUUGUAAACUUAAAUAUUUCUAAUUAGGAAGGUUUAGAGCAGCUUAUUUUAUGUUACAUGCUAAGUCUAAAUAUGCACACAUAUAUAUAAAUCUGGUAUUAAAAUUUGGUACUAGGAUAUUAUUAAUAAGCUUUUGAUUAUGUAUCAUGAUGUGAAUAUUAUAUAAAAAUGGAACUUUUACAAU